UUUCUUCUUGCCCGCCUGCACACGGACUCGCUUCAAGACGCAGGAUCCGUGAAAGAAGUCAAAUCGACAUUAGACAAACUCUUGAAAAACCAGGGUACACUCAACAAGGCAUAUGACGAGGCUAUUCAACGUAUAGACAGCCAAAUGGAUAGACAAAAGAAACGGGCCAAGAGAGUACUGUCGUGGAUCACGUACGCAAGGAGACAGCUAACCACAACGGAGUUGUGCUGUGCCCUUGCGGUGGAACGCGAUGAAGCAAAGCUCGAUCCAGACAAUGUGCCAGACGUUGAGGACUUGCUAUCCGUGUGCGCCGGCCUAGUGAUUGUUGAUCCGAAAAGCUCUGUCAUUCACUUAGUGCACCAAACUACGCAAGAGUACUUCGAAGGCGUUGGGAAUGCUUGGUUCACAGACGCUCGACAGGACGUUGCCUCAACAUGCCUCACCUACCUGUCGUUCGAUGUGUUCAAGACUGGUAGCUGUUCCUCUGAUGAGGAGUUCAAGAAAAGACUCCAAGACAGUAGAUUCCUAGAUUAUGCUGCAAAGCACUGGGCACAUCAUGCUGCGACGGUAGAAAGCGACGUGCUUACGCUAGCCUGUUCGUUUCUUUCCGACAGUCAAUUAGUUUCGAGCGCUACGCAGGUGUACUUAGUUCAUGCCGACAUGUACGCAAUGUAUAGCCAGUUCUAUCCUAAGGAUAGGACAGGAUUCCAUCUUACAGCACAAUUUGGUUUGUCUGUUACCCUUGAGGCUAUGCUUCAAUCUGAAGGACACAAGGGAGCGACAUUACUCAGAGAGAGAGAUAGCUAUGGCGACUCUCCAUUAUCUCUUGCCGCAGAAAAUGGACAUGUUGCGAUGGUGAAACUACUGCUUAGGUAUCACGUUCACAUCGACACGCAGGGCGGCGGACUGGGCAAAGAACUUUGGGCGGCUUCGUGGACAGGCCACGAGACGAUUGUGAAUUUACUGCUUGAAGCGGGCGCUAAU